CCUGAUCCAGCCUGAAGAUGACCCCACUGGCCGCGUUGGCGUCUGGCCCUCGAGCCCAGCUCUUUGCCUGCUCCCUCAGGCUGGGCACUCAGCAGACUAGCCUCCUUCAGCUGCACACAAGGUCCAGCCUUGCCGCCAAGAACCACUAUGAAGUGCUGGUGCUGGGUGGGGGCAGUGGUGGGAUCAGUAUGGCCGCCCGCAUGAAGAGGAGAGUGGGUGCGGAGAAUGUCGCCAUUGUUGAGCCCAGUGAGAGGCAUUUCUACCAGCCAAUCUGGACACUGGUGGGCGCUGGAGCCAAGCAGCUAUCCGCCUCGGGCCGUCCCACUGCAAGUGUGAUACCCUCUGGCGUAGAAUGGAUCAAAGCUCGAGUGGUUGAGCUGAACCCAGACAAGAACUGUGUCCACAUAGACAGUGGCAAGGAGAUUUCCUACAAAUACCUUAUUAUUGCUCUUGGGAUUCAGCUGGACUAUGAGAAGAUCAAAGGCUUACCUGAAGGUUUUGACCAUCCCAAAAUAGGGUCCAAUUAUUCAGUGAAGACGGUGGAGAAGACGUGGAAAGCUCUGCAGGACUUCAAGGAGGGCAAUGCCAUCUUUACCUUCCCAAAUACCCCUGUAAAAUGUGCUGGAGCGCCCCAGAAGAUCAUGUAUUUGUCAGAAGCCUAUUUCCGGAAGACAGGGAAGCGAUCCAAGGCCAAUAUCAUUUUCAACACUUCUCUUGGAACCAUUUUUGGGGUUAAGAAGUACGCAGCUGCCCUGCAGGAGAUCAUCCAGGAGAGGAACCUCACUGUUAACUACAAGCAAAAUCUCAUCGAAGUUCGAGCUGAUAGACAGGAGGCUGUUUUUGAGAAUCUGGACAAACCUGGAGAGACCCAAGUUAUCUCAUAUGAAAUGCUUCAUGUAACACCACCCAUGAGUUCGCCAGAUGUCCUCAAGACGAGUCCUGUGGCAGAUGCUGCCGGCUGGGUGGACAUCGAUAAAGAAACUCUUCAACACAAGAAAUACCCCAAUGUCUUUGGCAUCGGGGACUGCACCAACCUUCCCACGUCAAAGACCGCAGCUGCAGUGGCUGCCCAGUCAGGAACACUUGACAGAACAAUUUCUCUGAUUAUGAAGAAUCAAAAACCAAUGAAAAAGUACGAUGGCUACACCUCGUGUCCACUGGUGACUGGCUACAACCGUGUGAUUCUUGCGGAGUUCGACUACAAUGUUCAGCCGCUGGAAACCUUCCCCUUUGACCAGAGCAGAGAGCGACUUACCAUGUACCUCAUGAAGGCCAACCUGAUGCCUUUCCUGUAUUGGAAUAUGAUGCUGAGGGGUUACUGGGGAGGACCAGCUUUUCUGAGGAAGGUGUUCCAUCUGGGUAUGAGUUAAGGACGGCUCAACCCUCGCUCUCCUUGGAUGGCUUCUGAACCCAAAUCACAGUCGCUGAUUGACCAAGAGCAGCAGGAAGAACUUAAAACCUAACCCUGUGCAAAGACUUAAUUGCUGGAUCAUGGUGACCAAAUGCCUCCCUUUUUAGUGCCUCUGGAUAGCUACCGUGUGGUCUGCCCCGGAUGAGUUUGAUGCUUUGGAAAUAUUCA